UGAAAUGUGGCUGAUUCAGGUUAAAACCCGAUUGUGCUUUUGUCUCAGUUUGAACUUGUGGCUGCUCAGUCAGCGCAGCAGCAGCCAGACACAAGACGUUCCUAGUUAACGAGGCAAACAUGGUCGCUAUGUUUAUUAGUCAGAUUCACAAGGGAUAACGGGCUUGGCUGAGCUCUAAUUUUAAGACAAUUAGCUGUUUGUCGGUGUUAAAUAACAGCAGCUUAUGUCCCCCCGGUUGACUAGCCUCCUCAACGUUGCCUAACAACGUCAGCAUGGUGAAUUACAGCCAGCUCGUCAUUAGCGGUGUUGUAGGCUAUGAGUGUGGGUGAUGGAGGACAAUCAGUGUGGGGACUUGGAUUACCUCAUCCAAGAUGAGGACACCCUCAUCGAAGGUGUCAGCAACCAGGUCUUAUUUGUUGUGGUGCUCAGUGUCACCUUCCUCGCAGGCCUCCUCACUCUGCUGUGCCGACAAGAAGAGCAGAACAUUCAUCCUGAGAAUCAGGAGCAUGUUCGAGCCGUCCGACAACAGCUCCAAACAGAGCAGGAUGAAAAUCCUCAGCCGGAGGCCAGGCAGCAGUAUUACACAGAUAUGUCUUGCCCUGUCUGUUUACAGCAGGCUGUUCUGCCUGUGGAAACCAAUUGCGGACAUCUUUUCUGUGGUUCCUGUAUUAUAGCCUACUGGAGGUAUGGCACCUGGCUUGGUGCUAUUAACUGCCCCAUCUGCAGACAAAUGGUAACAUUGCUCUUCCCACUAUUUCAUGAGCAUGCUGGUCCGCAGACAGUCCAGGAUGGUGAGGCAGAACCUCUGCUUAUAUUAAGAGACAUCAACGAUUACAACCGCAGGUUCUCAGGCCAACCAAGAUCUUAUAUGGACAGGCUGCGAGACGUGCCCACCCUGCUCCGUCACGCUUUUAGAGAGAUGUUCUCUAUGGGCGGCCUCUUCUGGAUGUUCAGGAUCCGAAUUCUCCUCUGCCUGGUUGGAGCGCUCACAUACCUGGCCUCGCCUCUCGACAUCCUCCCCGAGGCGCUUUUCGGUCUCCUGGGAUUCAUGGACGAUUUCUUUGUAAUCCUUCUACUCUUUGUGUACAUCUCGAUCAUGUACAGAGAGGUGGUCACACAGAGACUGAACGGCUAGGUUGUCAUGUAUAAAAGAGGUUUCAGCUUGCUCACAUCAGGCUUGUUUUGGGUGGGGAGUGAACUCAGUGGUGGACAUGUAAGACUGGAAAUGAUCAAAGGACAGUUGACCAAUAAUGCUAGUUCACUCAACAGGGUUUAUUUUGAAGCCUAGGAUGUUACUUCAUUGCUGGAGAGGGCUUAACAAGCUCUUAAGUGUUGACUCUGUAUAUAGAACACACCAUUAAUGGUUCAUAGGUUGAGUCAGAGCAAUGUGAACAACUAUAAAACACAUGGACGGACAGACUGGGAAAUGAUAGUGUGAAUAUCUACUUUUUCACUUACUGCAGUAAGCCAGGAAAAUCCUUUUAGCCCAUUCAGGUACUUAAGGGACACUCCUAACUGAAUGGGUAGCAUUGCCAAAAGCAGUCACUUAGGUAGUGUGCAUAUCAUCAUACAUGUUUAAUAUAAUGUAAUCUUAUUUACAGGAAAUACAAGAACAACUGUAUUGAUGGCAGUGUCUUGAUAAUAUUCAUAUAAAGUUUUCUCUCUGCUGCAUUCAGAUUGUGCCAGAUAAAGAUGUGAUACACGAACCAUCAUACUGUGGCUAUUACAGCCUGUUUGAUCAAUUACACUGAUGAUGCACUUAUAUACUGUAUGUACCCUGGUGACUAUGCAUAUUCAUUUGACUUGAAAGAGACAGCUUCCCAUGCUUUUGUGAAAAUCACUUUACCAGCAACAGAUUAGAUUUAUUGAUUAAAUCUGAUGAAAUCUGAAACUUAAUGCAGGCAUCCAUGGCUGCAGCUGUGAACCCAUGGUGUCACUUCAUGGCCUCUCAAUUGACAUAUUCUUCGAAAUUCGAGGAAAAAAGUAAUCAAAGAUUGAUUAUAGAUGAUGAUGUUGAAUGUAAUUUCCCGCAAGUUAUGAAUGUUAACUUAUCCUCUCAAAGUUUAUCUUGCCACUCUGAUGAGUGAUUUUGGAUUUUUGCCUCCUGUACAGAUCUAACAAUCUUCAUCAGUCAGUGGGUGAAGUUCUCCAUGCACACCGCAAAGCUUUUCAGAUUCUGUGUUUCAUUUUUGGAACAUCAGUGUUAUACUUUUUUUUUUAGUCCAUAUGUAAAUUAAAAAAAUGAAUUAAGAAUAAGAAGUAAACAUGUUUAUAAUAUUCAUUUGUUCUUUAUAUUUUCCACCUGAAUUGUAAAUACACAUUUGGAAAAGGAACAUUUACUUGACUAGACUGAUUAAAAAUUCAUGAGUGAGGUCUUGGAC